AUGGAUGGGAUAUUUGAUGCGACAAAGCACGUCUCCAAUGUGACCGGAUAUGGAGGAGGUCCAGAGGUAUUGUUAGUGAGUAUGUUAGAGACUGACGUGGGUGUUGUUGUCUUUAGUGAAGUCAUACAACAUUUUGAAAAGGUAGUCACCAGUGCGAUCUUUUACUUUAUCGAGACACUCAUGAAAUCCCAUAGGGACGGGGCAAUAUUGAUUGAAAUUGCGAUGGGAAAUAUGGUCGGUCCAGAAGGUGAGGAGGUAGAGGAGGAAGGGUUGGCGGAUGCAGGUGAGGAAUGUGUUGAUGACUGA